AUGCUGCCCACAAUGGGCGGCACCAGCGAAGUUCCUACUGAUCGCUUCGCUGCCAAGACUUUGAAGUUCACUCCGCCCUCAUGGCUGUUUAAUGGCACAUGGGACUGGCUGGUUGAGUUUGAUGGUGACAUCUCCUUGAACAUGGUGGGGCUGCGGCCACUAGUGGACAAAUACAGCGCCAAAUCGCUGGUCCUUCUGAAGUGGUAUUGGAGAGACUGCCAACCUUGGGAUUGCUUCAUGUGGGAGUGUGAGGACAUGCUGCAGAACAGGAAGGAAUAUGUAGAAACAUCAUACGAUCGUGUCGUGAAGUGGAAAGAGCGGAUGCAAAAGCUCCAUGAUGAUCCGGCGCAUCCUUUCGUCCCAGCGGAUUACUACGAGCUGAGCGUGAUGUUCCGAAACGUUGCGCAUGAGAGGGCUGGCGAGGUCGAGGACACAUUCCGGCAAGUUCUGCAGCAAUGCCGCACAAUCCAACGAGACCAGUUCCUGAUGCCUUUCUUUUUGUGGAACUCCUCAUUGGAGCAAGAUGUUGCUACAAUUCCGAUUGCGACCUUGUAUUCUGAUCUGCACUACUGCCGCGUGGACACGAGGAGAGCCAGAGUCCAAACUGAAAUUCGCUGA